UUUUGUUCGCUCAAGUCCAUUUCAGAUUUCCAACUCCUUUCCGGCGGGCGACGGUGACUUCGCUAUGGCGUCGGCAAGAGAGGCGAACGUGUACAUGGCGAAGCUGGCGGAGCAAGCGGAGCGGUACGAGGAGAUGGUGGAGUUCAUGGAGAAGGUCGCCGGCGCGGCGGCUGCGGGCGAGGAGCUCACGGUGGAGGAGCGCAACCUCCUCUCCGUCGCCUACAAGAACGUCAUCGGCGCCCGCCGUGCCUCGUGGCGGAUCGUCUCAUCCAUCGAGCAGAAGGAGGAGGGCCGCGGCAAUCACGACCACGUCGCCGCCAUCCGCGCCUACCGUGGCCGGAUCGAGGCCGAGCUGUCCUCCAUCUGUGCUGGGAUACUCCGCCUUCUCGAAGACCGGCUCAUCCCUGCCGCUGCUGCUGCGGACUCCAAGGUCUUCUACCUCAAGAUGAAGGGCGACUACCAUCGCUACCUCGCCGAGUUCACGACCGGAUCCGAACGCAAGGACGCUGCCGAGAACACCCUCGCUGCCUACAAGGCCGCUCAGGACAUUUCGUUAGCGGAGUUGCCACCAACACAUCCGAUCAGGCUGGGGUUAGCAUUGAACUUCUCAGUGUUCUACUAUGAGAUCUUGAAUUCACCAGACAGAGCUUGCUCUCUUGCAAAGCAGGCUUUCGAUGAAGCAAUUGCAGAGCUAGAUACUCUUGGAGAGGAAUCGUACAAGGACAGCACUUUGAUUAUGCAGCUUCUACGUGACAACCUUACUUUGUGGACCUCAGAUAUGCAGGAUGAUGGCAUGGACGAGAUCAAAGAAGCAAGCAAGCUUAACGACGAGUAGUAGCUGAAAAGGAUCGGCCAUAGCUGCUGCUUGUGUUAUUUUAAGGUGUUUCAGCUUGCAAAUCGACUAGGUUUGUGGCACCUUGUGCUAUUUUCUUUUUCUUUGUUUUCUUUUGCUCGGGGUUUUUUCUACAUCCUUCUUGCGCCUGUUUCCUUUUUCCUGUUACUUGGUUCUCGUUUAUCAGUAUGUCUUGUUUGCUGCAGCUGUGUUUGCAUUUGGGUAGUGCUUAUAGACGGACAAUGUUUGGGAUUUAAGUUCCUUUAUUUUAUGGGACGACACCAUGAGUACAUUCUGUAUGCAAUGUCAAAACCCACUCUGGGUUUUCAGAUCCAUGAAACAGUCAUGGAUCUGUUGAUGCC